AAUUGAUAUUUUCCUCCGUGGCCCGAGUCCGCGCGCGCGAUAAACGCCCGUGAAUUCGUUCGGUUAUAAAAAGGAACCGCGACCGCGGAUCGCGGUACAGUGGUACAGUAAACGCCGCAGCGUGCCAGCGCCACGUCCGUUCGCCGUAACAUCCGUCCGUAUACCGCGACGCACGACGGCCGACCGCGAGAGAGCCGCCCGUCCGCCGGAGAAAAGAGCACGCGUGGGACAGACGUGAAAUAUCGGCGAUUACCGUUGACAGCAGCGGCGAAACCAUGACGAUGAUGUACAACAGUCAGAACGACAACGGCGGCGGUCUGACCGCGCCGUCGGCGCCGCCUCCGCCGUCGUCCGAAUUCUACCGCGGCAAGACCCCCGGCAAAAACGCGGCCCGCGCGCCGGCCUCUCAGCCGACCGCCGCCGUGCUCGCGUUCACCGUUCUGCUGUGCGUGUUCAGCUGUUCGCUGACGGUCGCCCUGUCGUACAAGUGGUACGCGGACGUCGGCCGGCAGAUCAACGUGUUGCUGGGCGCCGUCGAGGACGUGACGUGCGAGGUGAACAAGUUUGCGGCCAUCAUCAGGGACGAGCUGGUGGCCAAGCGGUUGCGGAACGGCGACGGCCGCGGCGGCGGCACCACCACCGCCAAGACGAGCAACGUCGAGUACGACGACGCGGACGACGACUACCCGGACGAGCGGUUCAUGGGCAGGGAUCUGUCCGACAACAAUUGGCCGUCGAAGACGUACCGCGGCCGGCCGUCGGCGGUCGACCGCAGUGUCGACGAAGAGUCGCGGGAGGCCGCCGAGGACCGUCGCCGGCGCAACGCCGAAGUGGACGCCAGACGCGCGCCCGUCAAAAACCAACUGAACGGGUAAAACAACGCGGCUGUUUAAACGCCGUAACUAAAAGAUAAAUUAAUAAUAAUAAUAACGAUUUGCCGCAGACGCGAACGCUAGACGUGUCCGUGCUCAAAACGAUUUGUCGUUUCGGUUUUAGAUCAAACUACGAUAAAUCCAACGUAGAACUGCUGCAAGACGACGCGAACGAAGAGAACACGGUGAAAACGUACAGCAGACGCAGGCCGAAGAAAAUGCAGUCGAGGAAAAAGCCGGCCGAAGACAGCAGCGUGUCGUACGAGUCGCUCAGGGAACCGCAAACCGCCGUCGCCGCGCACUUCGUUAGCGACAAGUCGAAAUACAGUACGAUUACGCAUCCGCAUUACGACGGUAACGAUUUGUUGUUAUCAAUACUUCGAGAGGACGGUUUACUCGCAUGACGUACCGGCUCGGUCCGACUAACGGGGGCGAUAUAGCAAAAUCUACCUGACGCAGACUGCGUGGUACUCGCUUAAAUUUCGGUUUUGGAGUUCGGACGCCGGUCGUAAAACUAAAAGAGGCCCCUAUGAUUCCGAGCAGGACGAGUUCGUUUUUAGAUUCUGAGCGUAGCGGGGGUCCUAUUGGUUUUACUAUGACGCGUUUUUUUUUUUUACUUCUGUCUGUAAACGACUUUUUGAAAAGACAUCUUGUUCCGGUGUGUAGUGUAUAGUAUCUUAACUGGAAAAAAAUGUCGUCUAGUCGCUGCGUUAUAGAAAUCGUUUUUUCGGUAUUCCUCGGGGUUUUCGAAAUAAUCGGGAAAAAUCAAACAAGAUGAAAAAUACGAUUUUUUUUCAAUUUACCGUGACGCGAUUUCAUUAUUUUUAAUUUUUACGGGCUAUGUUUUCUACCAUACGUGUUAUUCGAACAGAAAAACGACGAGAGGUCAUUUUUAUUGCAUCUAUAAUCUAGUUGGUUAGACCAAGGAAGUCGAUUUUCGAUUUUCUUUGUAUUUUUUAAUAAUGAAAAAUUCGUAGAAAGUAUGAGAAAAUGUACGAAAAUAAAUCUUUUGUUUUUAUGUUGUAGUUCAGUUAAAAAUUUGCAUAGACGUUCAUAUGGUUUUUUAAAUUCAUUUUUUUUUUUUUAUUUCUUAAUGUAUUGGAAUCAUCGAAUAAUGUAACGUAUUAUAGAAUACUACAAUAAACGUACCGUUUUGCACUCCGAAAUAUUGUGCUCUUCUAAAUUUAUAAUAGGUGUUUUUACUCAAUAAUCAAAAUCGAACGAUUUCUACGCAGUCUGUAUUGACAUUUUGUUAUAUUACCCGUUGGAUUGAGACAGCACAUGCGGAUAUGACGUCCUCUUAAGGAUACUACUACUACUAGUACUUUGCAGUGUUAGAAUGUCUUUAAAAGACCCCGUCAGUAAUUUAUGUAAAAACCCCACCCCCCGAAAGUCAGGUUUUGGUCGAAGUUAAUGAACAAUGGGAUCAAAAUACAAAAGUCGGACAUACUUCGCACAACGGGCAGGCCGCAAGUUAGGAAAGUAAGAUAUAGAGAGGAAUUUAAUUUAUAUUUUUACCCAACGAUAAAUCCAUUGCUAACGAAAAACGAGCGAAGUACGAUUUUGGAAAAUCUACGGUUUUCGUCAAAUAUUUUGAUAUUGAAAUUCGUAUGAAAAAAAAAAAAAAUACUGGGUACAUUAAACUCAUUUUAUUUUUUUUAACUAAGUACCACUUAUAAUAUUUAACUUUCUAUUAAAUUUGAAUACUUUUCUGUUUUGUAUAACAAUUUUAUCCGAAUAGAGCACCUACCGAAUAUAAAUUACGUAAAAAACUCGCUAAAUUAAAAUGUUUACAGAAUAUAGCUCUGUUUAUACUAAAAAAAUUUUUGUAAUGUUAAUAGGUUGUAGCGAAAUAAAAAAGUAUUUUUCUAAACUAAUAUUUUUGCUUUUAAACUCUUAACUACUGAAACAAAAAACCUGUAUAAAAUAUCAGGUCCGUCAAUGAUAAAAAGAAAAAGAAAAUUUUGUAUGGGUUUUAAAAUUUUCCAGGGAGACACAUGUCCCACUAUAACUAUAGACCCACUAUGACUAUAGGGUGCCCAUGAAUAUAAGUAAUUCUAUAAAUAAAUCGGUCAAGUAUAUUGCACCUGCAAGUUUUCAGUAGCAAUAGGUAAUACGUUUUUGAUAAACUUACGAAGGUUAAACGCAAUAAUCUUUAAGGGUCUCGGGAAUCGGAUACGUGUACUAUAUAAUCCUUGUUCUCCAGAAAUCAUAAUUGAUUAUCACACAGUUUAAAAUGUAUGUAUAGGAAACGGCCGUCUCAGACAUCCGGACGGCGAAUUUAAAGAUUGGACGCAAUAUAUUUGGGACAACGGGGAAGAUAACGGCGCGAAUCAUUUCCAAAUAAAAAACGGCAAAGUCGACAUAUCGAAACCCGGAUUUUAUUAUGUUUACGCUCAAGUAAGUAAAAAUAUCGACCUAAAAUAUCGUCAACUUAGAGCCCGAAGGAACGUGUCAACCAAAUGCAACUUUUUAAGAAAAGGCGAAAAACCUUCUUUCUUUCUUUUUUUUUAAACUGUGUAUGCAUUUCUUUUAAAUAAGUUAUUUAAGCCCCUCCCCCUCCCGUUUUUGGUUGAUAAUUACGUUUCUCUGAUUCUAAUCUGAUGAUAAAUAUUAUUACGUAUUUUCGAAUCGUUCGACUUGUCGGAUGAUUUGAAAAACUAAGGCUGUAAUAAUGCUUUCCAUCUUUGAACAACUUGGUAUUAUAAAAAUAAAAAAUAUUUCCAUUUAUUUUCAAUUUAAAUCAUCGGCUUAUCCGAUUUUAUCGAACUAAUUUAGAACGCCGUCGUACAGUGGUUCAAAAUUGAAAAAGAAGGUGGCCAAAAAUGAUUUUUGAACAUUUCAAAAAAUUACAAACUAUAGUAUAAAAAUACUUUCUAUGCGACUUAUACUUACUUACUUACUCUUAAGUCUAAAUCUAAGUACACUUAGACUUUAGACGACUCAUAGUAUAAGUAAGAUAGUGCCUACCUAGGUUUUAAGUCCAUAAGUGAAUAAAUGACACAGAACGCGUGCCAUUUCGUACAAUCUCGUUCACAAUUUUGAUUGCACUUUAUUGCAAUUUAAUUACUCCUUAUUCAAUAAUGGACAAAUAUGGACAGCCAAUCUAAUCAUUUAUUGACUCUAUACACCUUAUAGAUAUUGGAAACAUAUAUAUAUAUAUAUAUAUAUAUUGGCGUGAAGGUCGUUGAAAGAACUGUUUAAAAUCGCACGUUUUUAACAUAUAACUGAAACUAUAACGAGUAUUAAUUUUUUAUGACUACAAUUGUUAAUAUUUAAUUUUGCAAAUAUAAUAAUAUGCAUAUAUUUCUAUAAUAAUGAUGAUAAAUACUCUAAUAGUAUCUAUACUGAUAAAUAAAAAGAAAACCUAUUGUAUUUGCAUAGUAUUUUAUAGCGUACAAAGCUUAAAGUUUAACCGAAAUUGCAAACAUUUUAAAGGCAAAAAUAAAUCAAAAUAUAACAUAAACAUAAAUAUGAUAAGUAAAUAGUUACGUUUUUUGAUUUAGUUAGGCGUUUUCGAAUACCUAAAUAGGUAUAGAAAUUAUUUUUGUUCAAUAGUUUGCAAUUUUUUGAAAUUUGAAACCAUCACUUUUGACCACCUUUUUUUCAAUUUUGAAUCACUGUGCGUCGUGCAAAGUUGAACAAAUCAUUUUAAAACAUUAUUUCGAAUACUAUGUAUGAUUGCAUGAUUUUUUAAUACUUCAUAAAAUUAACGAAAAUGUAUUUUUGACAUAUUUUAUAGAAAAAAUUAAAGUUUUAUUUAUGGAGCAAAAGUGUACUAUUCGACCAUUCAUAAAAUUUUAAUUUUUCUCUUAUCGAUAAUAUAAGGUACACAAUAGUUUUAAUUUCCAUAGUAAGUGCACAUAUUAUGGUAAACAUAUAGUCGUAUUCAUUGUUAUUUCGCGGUCAUAAUUGAAAACCGAUGAGUUUUAAUUUUAAGAGGACGCAGUCACAUUCAAAUUAUUUUGUCAUGUCCUCUCGUGGGAGGGUAAGACAGAUUAUUCAACAAUUACUAUUAUAAAUAUUGAAAACGAAUGAUACACCCGAUCUGACUUCUAUUAUUUUCUCAGUCAAACUAACGGUGAACACAGCAAAAAUACAUUACUUAGAAUUUAAAAUGUAAAACGUUUAAAAAAAAAAAGAAAUUAAGGAUUAAACACAGAUACAAGAGGAAAAAGAAUAUUGUCGAGGGCAUCUCAUGUGAUUUUUUUUUUUCUAAUAUAUUUCUAAUAUAUUUUUUCUAAUAUUAUUUAUUCCAAUGUAUUUAAACAAGAAAUUCACAGCCAUAUCGAUGUUUACUUUUAUUUUUAUUAAACAAUACAAAAUCACGAAAUGUCCUCGAAAAUAUUAAUCUCUUUAAAUUUUGUUAUUCGUAUUUAAACUCUACUUUCAACAGAAGUGGCACAAUUUAAAUUCUGAAUAAUUUUACUCCGUCUAUUUAUGGACUAUUUAAUAUAGGUUAUCAUUUUAAAAUCAAAAGUAGGUAAUGGUUUUACCCCCAACAAUAUGGGUAACAAAAAAAUAACAUAAAUAUAAAAUUUUAAAGCAACUUAUUUCUAAAAUUUUCUAGAAAACAAAUUCUAGAAAAAGUUAAUACUUUCCGAGAUAAUGAGUGUACCCACUUAAUUGACUCACCUGGUAUAUUAAGUAGUUAGAUACCUAAAUAAAAUAUUAUUUUAUUCACUGUUUGAUAAGCAUUAUUCUUAUUUUUUUUUUUCUGGAGCGAUCUUUAGCCUUACGUUCAAUAUUUUUCCCUAUAAGCUACGAUUUAUAUUUUAACCUACUUUGUUUUUUCUCAAUGAAUACAUCGUCAUAUUCAAAACGUAUCUGGCAGUUACCCGACUACUAAUAUCAGUGGCACGAAGUAUUUUUACCUUGUAUCACCAAUUUAAUUUUCCACCCAUUCUUGCCAAAAAAAAAACCCGAAAUCUACAAACCAGAGAUAAAAACCAAGUUUUCUUGGCGGUAUUUAAUGAAAUUUAUCAAAUUUCCGCAAUUUUCCGCAUGACUUUUAUUUUGUAAAAACAUAAUAACUUUUGUUGUAUUUUUAAACACCCUUACACUCGUUUUUUUUGUAAAUCUACGUUUGAUUCAAAUAAGUCUACCUCCCUUGCGCCACCACUGACUCAUAUAAUAAGAUUUUUCAUGUAGAUAGUAAUACUGGAUGAGCAGCACUAGCCAAUAGUUCUUAAAAAGUUAAAAAUUAUAACUUUUGCAAAAAAACUGUAAAUUCUUUUAUUAUUUGGUCCAAAUCAAUUUCAGUUAUUCAAAUAACUUAUUUAGAAAAACUGUCUUAGAGAUGUAAAUCAUUAUUUUUGUUUAAAGAAUUCUACCCGAUCAGGAGAUAAAAGGGUUAGGUAUUUUAAAAUUUCUCGACCAAUAGUGAAUCUAUACCUACUCUGAAUUGAGGUGUUUACUUCAUUUAAGAUUUCAAAAUAUCUGUUGCAUUUGUAAUGGUCAAAAGUUAAAUAUAUUAUCUCGACUGUGAUUUCUUCUUAAAAAAAUUUUGUUUUUUUUUUUUUUUUGAUACUCGUUUCUGAUUUUUUUCAAAUAUUUAUCCGGUAAAUUAUAUUUAUUAGCAAAAUUUCUUGCUCCAUUUACUAUCGUUUCAUACUUACUAUCACUUCGUAAUGCGAUUAAUUUUUUUUUACAAACAUCUAUUAAGUGCAGAAUUUCAAAAAAAAAAAUCAAAUGAUUUCGAUUGCAAGUAAUUUGAUAAUGGUGUAACAAAUAAUACAUUUUUCAAAAAAACGAUGACGACGAUAACAUUAUUAUAACAAUAUAUAGGGUUGCCAUACGUCCUAGAAAACCAGAACUGUCGCCGGUUUUUGACUUGGUGUAUCGGUAUCACGAAAAUGAAUACCGGAACGACUGUACGUCUCGAUUUUAAGUAAAUUUUAAUAUUUUUUAAUUUCAAAAAUGUUUUCGAACAAUAAUUCUAAUCAAGAGUUAAAAUUGUAUUGUUAACGAAUUCGGGAUUAAGCGAUAAUUCCAAAUCCUUAUAUUGUAUUUAAAUACCUACUUAUUACAUUCCGCAUAAUAAUAAUCUUUUUUAUAUUAUUAAUAAUAAAAAUGUAUUUAUUUUAUAAUACAUUUAUAAUAUAUUAAACAAUAAAUGCAAUUAUUAUUGUAUUCAUAAGAGUGCACACGGGGAAAAGAGGGUAAGUCGUGGCCCCUUAUGCGGCUCGUGGCAUUUUUUAUUAUACAUUAUUCCAAUAAAUAAACUAAAAAUUACCAAAUUAAAAAUAUAUUAGCGGUUAAAUGGUUUAUUUUUAUCAGGCCUUACACACUUCAUGUCCAUAGUCUAAUAUCUUUAGUGUUAAUGGGUUGUCAAUAGUUUUAUUAUAAACCAUAAAUGCAGUGAAAUAAAAUUAUUAGUUCCAAUUGAAGAAAUCGCAGAUACUAUCAAACAAUCAAACGUCGAGCUUAAGAAUUGGGAUUUCUCCAUCAGAUGAAAACGUUUGAAUUCAAUUUUUUCGUGUUAAUAUUCAAUCCUAUUUUUUAUACAUUAUUAGAAUCAAACGCUUUCCUAAAGAAAUAAGAUAUAAACUUAUUAACUGCGAUAGAAGUCAAGUCAUUAAAAAAAUUAAUUCCUUGUUUCUAUGAGAAAAUAUUCCAGAGUUUUGCUUAGGUAUUUAUCCAAAAACCUUUGAAAUAUAUCAAAAUUAUAAUUGUUUUUCUGUCAUUAAAAAAAAAAGUGUCUACCAAAAUUGACUGUUCAAAUACACUUUAUACUUUAUGUCUUAAAAAUAAGAAGGAAUGAAAAUGUCUGUAUAUGAUUGAUAGAAUUAACAUUAAAUUCAAUCAAGUAAGAAUAAAUAUAAUUCAAAGUAUUAAAAAUGUAUUAGUUUUAAAUAUAUAAACAGUACCUAAUGAUAUCUCAGAAUUAUCUACAGCAGUUUAUUUAAAUUCUGUUGAAAGCACGAAAUAAUUUUUGGAUUCUGAGUGGAGCAAAGAAGUUUAUAGUUUUACAAAGAUGUCUAUUAUUUUAAUUUUUUUUUUUGUUCUGUGAACAACUUUUCUUCCAGAGAUAUUGCUGCGAUUUUUAUUUAUGCACCUUUUCUGAAAAGAAAUCAAUGUAAAAAAGUACUUUAGGGAGAUCAUUUUUCGAUUUUCCCAAAAGUUUUCCCUGCAAAUGUGAAAAACCAGGAUAAAAUGUGGGAAAACCGUGAAAAACGUAGGAAAACUACGUCGAAUUUUUUAAUGGCCGACUUUGUGCCGUUACAGUAUUACAUGUUUCUUAUUAAGAUAUCUAAAAAAAAAAAUUAUAUAAUAAUAGGUAGCUACGUUAAGUAAUUUUCAAGAAUUUUGAUAAGAUACGAACAGACAACGAGGUCGGAGCUCAUAAGUUCAAACAUUCUAAAGGUACAUCCUCGACAAAAAUUAUAUUUAUACCUAUAUAUUAUAGGUAGCCAUGUAGGUACCUAACAAUAUUUUAAACAAGUUACUUAUUUUUAUAUAAGUAUAUAAGUAUAUUUAAAUCCUAUUAUUUUCUAUCAAAAUAUAAAAUCUGAGCAUAAAAAUGGUUUUGAAGAGAAUUGAGAGUAUAACCUGUCAAAAGACACAUCUUUGAUACUUUUACCAUGCAUAGCCUACCUAUAGAAAUUCUUAUUCAAUAUGGCUUCAUUUGGAGGUCUGUAAGGGUGUUUAAAUCUGAAAUAACUGUCCUAGGAUAAUAGGGACAAAUGCAGCCACUUUUAUAGGUAAUUUAAUAUACCUAAAUCUGUAAGCAACGAUUAACCAUUGCUAACGAAAAAACGUUUCUGAGAGGAGUUUGGUUGAUAAUGUUGCUUUGUUAACAAUAUAAAUGUCAUAUUAUGGUAAAAUAAUUACAUAUGUAUAAUAUAUUUUCUUUAAUAAUAUUUGUUUAAUAUUGUACCUAUUUUCCCCUUUAUUCCAUUUAUUGGGAAAACUCGUGGGAAAAUCAAAAAAUAACCUCCUAAAGUACCUCCCCAGUCAGAUUUUCUUUCAAAAAAAGUGCUAUCAUUAUAAAUCGGAACAAAAUUGUGAAAAAGUCGUUCACAUGAAAAUAAAAAUCAUUGUAAAACCAAUACAUUCCUCGCUCUGCUCAGAAUUUAAAAUACAUAUUUCUCAUGGAACAACAUGGUAACAUUGAAAUUGGAAAGGUCUUUUAGACUUUAGUUCAUUAAGUCGCUAAAAGUAUCAAAUUGUACCAGAAAAAAAAUAUAAUAUACAUAAUAUUAUACGGAAAUAAUAGACACAAUACAGUACAAUAGUUACUAUUUUUGUGGGAAUUACAACAACAAUCAUUCCCCAUUCAUUAAAACAAUACCUAUAUCUCAGAUAAUUGCACAAUAGGUAUUUUUUGAACAUCAAACAUAUCUAAGUAUUUAUUAUUAAUAUUGUAUUGAAAUAAUUUAGAUAAUCUGUAAUCAUGGCCGUUUUAAUAAUUUGAUAUAAUUUUGUUUUAUAAUAGGUGUACUAUACAGAUCAACACGACAUCAAUGGGUUCUAUGUUAUGAAAAAUAAUGAGAAGAUAUUCAGUUGUACUACAACACGAUAUCAAGCCAAUCAGUCGGAUUCAUGUUACACGGGAGGCCUUAUUUAUUUUAAUUCUAAAGAUAUUCUAUCGAUAAAAGGAUUGUUUAGUGAAAGAUACAUAUAUUUAGAUCCAGUGUCAAGUUUUUUCGGUUUAUUUCUUGUAUCUUCUAAAGAUAGCAAAAGAUAGGCAACUAAUUAUUUUUACACUGGACAACAUAAUAUAAUAUUAUUUUAUUUUAAAACACAGAAUUUUUAAAAAUAUAUUUAUAAAUAUAUUAGGUAUUAUUGUAAAUUAAAAAUGUAAUAUAAAAUAUAUAAUUUGGCCUUUAGUCAAAUAAAAAUAGUAUUAGACUGAUUAUCUAAUGUUGUAUUAUAAUUCAUUAAUAAAAUAUAUAAUUAUACUCUUACAAAAAUUAUUACUUCUAUUUAUCUGAUAUGUAUUUGUCGUAUACUUAAGCUUAUUUUAUUAUUUGAACACAUAUAAAAAUAAUGAACUAUUAUACAUUAUUGAUUUAACAAAACAUACUUAAUACUUUAGAAUUUAUUGGACGGAUUAAUAUUGUUAUAAUUAAAUAAUUAAUAUACUACCUAUAUAAAUAAUAAUAAAAAAAAAAUGUGUAUAUUAAAUAAAUUAUUUUUAACUAUUCUAAUGGGUUCCUUUACCUAAAUCUAAUCAAAUCACAAAUGACGUAUAUAAAUAUAAUAUCCCUUAAAAUUAUUCUAAUCUAAUUAAACAAAAAAAAAAAUGGUACAUAUGUGUAUAUAGAUCAGAUCAACAAUAAAUGUAUGUAAAAAAUACAUUAAGAAAUGUAUAAAAAAAGAUCACAAGUUACACUUAGAUUACACUAAGAGUUUAAAACAUUAUUUAGGGCUUUGGGCAAUAAUAUUAUAUAGUUAACAUGAUUAAAAUUUGUGAUGUAUUAAACAACAGAUCAUUGAAGUUUAAUUUGUUAAAUAUAUAUACUAAGUAUUUAAAAUAAUAAUUUUUAUAUUAUAGACUAAGUAAACUUUGAAUAAAUGUUCAAUUUAAUUUAGAAUAUUUUGGUAAUGUAAAUGUUUAAAGUAAAAGCCAUUUAAAUAAUAGCAAAAAAGAUAUUCCUAUUAGAUAUCCAAACGACUUGACUAGUGUUGAACCAUUGCAGCCAUCAGAAUUGCAAGUAUAAACGCACGUUCUAUAAUUUUUUGUAUCACCUGGCUGUCGAACAUAGUUACAGUAAUUCCCCAAAUCAUGGGAAGAACAAUAACGUUUAGUUCCAAGUCCUCCUGUUAGAAGAAAAAUCAUUAAAACCUAUUUUCAAGUAAUAUAAUAAUACAUACCUUCAUAACGGCCUACUAAUUUAAUACAAUAAGCAGCAUUGUAAACAUCUGUACAAGGUCGUGCAGAUAAUCCGAAGUCUUGCGUAUCCAUAAAUUCUGAACAUAGAAAUUGAUUUUCAAUAUCUGUACUGUUGCAUU